GAAAAUGAAUAAAAAUUUCUCAGAAAAAAAAAAAGGAAACUAACAGGAAAAAAAAAAAGAAUGUUGAUUAGUAAUAAAUAAAAGACUUGGAGAGCAAAAUUUUUUAUUGAAUUACUAUUAUUUCCUUUUUUUUCUUGGCUCUUUCCUGAAUUAAUAUUUGUCUCUCAUUACUUCUCAGUGUUAAGACAAAAACCCUCAAAGGCUCUCUCCCUAGUCUUCUAAAUAUAAGCGCUGCGCUCCCAAGUCAUUCCUCAUCGCCAUCGCCAUGGCUACCUUGAAUCAGGUUGUCUCCACUCUUUUCUUAGCCACAAUAGUCGUGAACCUCCCAAUUGCAACUUUCUCCGACGAACCAUGCCAGUACCCAUGCUAUCCGCCGCCAAUCGGCACCGUCACGCCAGCCACACCCUCCACGCAGCUACCGCCUCCGUCUGCCCAAACCGGCUCAUACCCACCUCCGGUAAUAGGCAGUGGGGUCUUCCCUACACCCUACCCGUACAACCCUCCGCCUAAUUAUGGUGGUAGUGACGGCGGUUCUUUCGGUGCUCAGCCACCGCCGGAUCCUAUACUUCCUUACUUCCCUUUCUACUACAAGCAACCUCUUCACCAGUCACCGGACGGUGACUUAUCUUCGGCGCCCGUAGCUAUUGGAAAAUCCACUUAUAAUCUCAUCAUGAUUACUAUCUUGUUCUUCUUACAUUAUGUUUUUGCUUAACUUAUCUAGCUAACUAGAUUUGGUUUUUAUUUUUAAUGUUUGUUUAAGAGUUAUUAAUUAAGUGAAUAUAAAAUGUUCAAUUAUGGUUUUAUGUUGCAUAAUUGAGUUUAAAUUUUGCCUGGUUCAA